AUGACUCCCCAGGCGCCGAGACCAAAUCCAGGCACUACUGACCACAGUGGUCAGCCGCCAUCAACAUCGCCCAUGACGCCGAAACGAGUAUAUGUAGUAAAGUCUCAUAGCAGUUCGCCUGGGAAGCGCCACGCCCGACAGCCGUUGACCAUACGCGUCAACUUAACCGAACGACAGAUGAACAAAGUCACCCAAGCUAUUACCCAUACAGUCGAUAAAAGCCCUACCAGAGCGCAGAAGCCAGUGGUGCCAACGCCCCUGAUCCCCAAGAGGGAUAUUUGCGAUGGGAAUGAAGCACAAAUGGCACAUGAACGGACAGGUGGCAAAAAUCAUGCUGAUUACGGCUUUCCCACUUUCCUUGAAAUGGAAUCGAAGAACCCGGAUUGGGUACUUGGCGUUGAGAGCUUGGCUCAACGUCGGAACCAUACGCCUCCGCCUCCAAUAAAUACAAUCGCGCAGGUGCAACAGCCCCAUAUCCAUCACUCCAGACAAGAGUCAGUUUCUGGCUUGGAGCUCUUGCCUGAAAGACAGUCCUCAGGAAAGAAGAAAUCUGGAGAGGGCGAUCGGCCCGGACCUGGAAGCAGUGGUUACAUAUGUUCUGGGAAGACCGAGCAUACAACGCAUACAACUGACUAUGAGAGUCCGGGGCAAGAAGUAAACGGGGCUAUUCUCGACAUGUACAAUUCGUGGUCAAAUAUUCAAGGCGCUCGGCCAGAGUACCCAAAGAGACAUCAGAGUCUCAUGAAGAGACCAAAAAGAUCUCAAAGUACACCGGACCCAUUAGAUUCGUGUAGCGUCCCAUCACCACCGUCAGAUGAGGCCAUUGCCGGUGUGGCUCGGCAUGAGGUCUCACACCAUCUGAACAGAAUGAUUGAACCGAGUCCACAGUUCUCACCAUUACCUCUUUACUUUCGGGGACAAAACUUCCCUUCCAUAAGGAAAGGUGAGAAGACCAUGAUUGGUCAAAAUGGGUGGCUAGAGUGCACAGGCAAAGUUGAUGACGCUGAGAAGAAGCCGCAACAUCAAAAAGAUCGCAAAGGACGUGAGUUCCAUUUAUCUUCUGCCAUGAACGAUUACAUCACCGCUGAAUUCGAAAAAGGGCAUUUGCUACCUGACAAUCUCAAAAAGACAUCAGACUCCUGGAUCCAACAAGGCAGGCCAAGAGUAAUUAGUUUUCGUUACGACUUGGAAACCCAGCUAGAGUUGGUAGCCUUACACCUCAAGGAAUUCAACUUUUAUGGACGACGGCAAAAUAACCCGGCAGAGAUAAUGGGCCUUCUUCAUUCCAUGAAGGUCAAUGCUCGUGCUAUUCGUGUUCGCACCUUCUGCCAACCAGACUCGGUUAUUGCGAAGCAGCUAAUCGACUCGCAAUCUCUGUUUAACAUGCUGAACGUUUCUAACGCUCAACAGCUAGCCCUGGCCGAAAUAGGUCGGUUUUUCAGAAUGAUCGUAGAGAGGGAGUGUGCAAACCAUGAGCCCGUAGGGCGACACACUAGGUCAACCGUUCCUGGGAGUACUGGUUGGCAGAAUAGCCAUCAUGCAGACUUGCGAUGA